AGGAGUCGAUUAAUAUAGGACAGCAUAAGAUAUCAUAGAGAAGAAGAAGAUGUCAGGGGCGCAAGGAGCACAGCCGCCGGGAUCAAAGACGGUAACGGCAUACGGGUCAGUGCAAGAGCAAGAGAGCAGGCCAAAGACAGACAUCAGGUCAAAGCAAGAUGAGCGUGGGAUUAAGGUCGAUGAACUUCAGGACAAGGUUGAAGACCCGACUGGCAAAGGAGGACCUGUAUUUGGUGCUGGAAAAGAUGAAAACAAGCAAGACUUGGGUGUCACUGGCACUGGCUAG